AUGGCUACGGAAAUUGAUGUGGAUGAGGCAGACGUUCUUGUUUAUACGCAGGGCCUAGAAAGGGCCAACAGGUUGACCACGGAUAUUAACAAAUCACUCAAGAAUAUUGCCCUAACGUCGAGCCAUUCUAGCCGCCUAUUCACACCAAUUCUUUCUAGAAACAAUAUGCUAUCUACAUUACAAAGAAAUAUUGAGAGUACACUCAAUUCUGUUUCCUCAAUUAAAGAUUUGGCCAAUGAUGCAUCUAGACACGAAAUUAUACUGAGUAAAGGUUUCAAAAACGUUGGAUUGAAGCAGUAUAUCCAAGCAGUACAUAAAUUGGAUGAUAUGUUAGAUGACAUCAAAGGUGGUAAGGAAAAGCAUGCAGACAAUGCGGAAUUUGCAGGUAUGCUUUCACAUUUAACAGGGUUGAUUAGAUCAAGUGAAGUUAGUUUAAGGAAAUACUUUGUUGCACUUCUUACCAGUAUUAAACCUUUUGAUCCUCAAAUAAAUAUUAACAAGAAGAUGCCAUUCCCUUACUACAGCGAUGAACAAUUGAACGAUAUGGUUAUCAUUUUGGAUUAUUUCCAUAAUGCCUCCGAUGAUUCUACCGCAAUUGAUAAAAUGGUAGCGGAUGAGAGAUGUGACUGGAUAUUAAAAUGUAUGGCUUUUCUGGAACCAUUUGCCAAACAGAUAAAUGUUGCGGGUUCUCAACCUUAUGAAAAGGGAACUAGUGGGUUGAACAGUUAUGCAGAGGCGUUACUUGGUUUUAUUGCCAACGAAAAAUCGUUUGUGGAUGAUUUGUAUGUGCAAGAAUCAGAUAUGAAGCCAAUCGUCUUUUGCAAUAUUGUCAUACCGUUGAUUACUGCAUACACAAGAUUAGUCAAUUUGAAUCUGGAUUAUGUGCGAAGUAAUUUGGCUAACACGGGGAUUCUCAUUUUUGAAUUGGCAGAUAGUAUUCAUAACGUAAAACGUAUCUUAAGAGGUACACCAUUGGAGAACACUAAGCCGAUGGAAGAUUGUGCUGGAAGCGUUCACAAAGUUACCCAAUUGUUGUUCAAGGAAGUUAUUCAGCAUGUGGAAUCAAGAGUCAAUUCGAUGGCAAGUAUACCGGCAGAUAACGGUGUCACUGAAGCUACAGUAGAAACAAUGUCACGUCUGAGGAAGUUCAGUGGUUAUAGUAAUGGCUGUCUGGAGGCCAUGGAAAGUAUCACAAGGGAAAGUUGGCUCCCUAUGAAUUUCAGAGGCAAGGAAACUACUUUACCAAUUAAUUCUGAAUUACCUACUCCCCAGGCACGUCUUUCGUGUUUUUUCAGUGAUUGUAUUGACGUUCUCAUAGUCAGUCUUGAAAGAAAAUCACAGAAGUUGUUAAUGCCCAAUAGGGAACAUGAAGUCGCUACUCCUAACAGUAAGAAGAAUGAUCAUAAACCACGUAUUGGUUUCUUUAUCAUCAUGAAUAUGACUUUGAUAGAACAAAUUGUGGAAAAAUCUGAAAUAAACCAAGUAUUGGGAACUGAAGGUCGCUCAAGGUUGGAUAAAUUGAAGAAACGUUACGUUAACUAUAUGGUUGCGGACUGGAGACAAUUAGCUACUAACUUGAUGGACUCAGUGUUUGUAGACAGCACAGGUAAAAUUUCUUCAAAAGAUAAGGAUCAAAUCAAGGAGAAGUUCCAUAAGUUCAACGAAGGAUUCGAGGAGUUGGUAUCAAAAUACAAACAGUAUAGGCUCUCUGAUCCUGGCUUGAAGUCGACUUUGAAGUCAGAGAUUGUCUCCUUGGUUAUGCCUAUGUAUGAUAGAUUUUAUCGCAGGUACAAGGAUUCAUUCAAAAAUCCAAGAAAACAUAUCAAAUAUACUCCCAGUGAGUUGACCUCGAUAUUGGACCAAGUAGGUAGGUAG